AUGCAUCCGGCGAACAAGGAGGAGGGGAACCAAGCACCCGCCGCGAAGCUAGAUUUUCCGGACAGCGCAUCAGACGACCAAAUCAGCGUAGACCAGGAAAAUGUCUGGGACGCGGACUUGAACAUUGCAGACGAUGACCUCCUUGUAUUGGGCGACGUGCUUCAUUUUUUUUUUUUCCAUCUUUUACACCUUGCAGGGGAUGCACCUAUGGAGGGACACACGGAGGAACGAAGAGAAGACUUAACUGGUGGACACCCUGUGGGGGGUGAAGAAUGCCAAAUUGGGGACCCCCCGGAGGGGAGGAAACAGGGGGGGGCCUCAAAUUGUGCUGAAGAAGAGAGUCAGACGAAGCAGACCCCAAAUACGGGUGAGCAAUUGAACGACAAAGGCUCUCCAAAUGUGAAUAUGCAUUAUGAUGAACAGUUUGUAGGCAAUUCAGGCAAAGGGACAAAUGCGGAGGAACCCCUUUCUCCCCCCCCUCAUGAAUCAAACGCUGCCGAGGAGGAAUGCCCCCCAGAUCGAACCAACCAAAAUUGUACAAAUUAUGCUGUACAAAUGGAUAUGCUCAAAAUGGACCCCUUUUUUGACGAAAAGGGUGAAAAUCGCCUGAACAGUGCAGGCGAUGAAAAUGUAGGGGGAAAUCUCCAAAAAGGAAGCGACAAAUCGGAUUUGCUGCCACAUCAGACUACCCCCCUGAAUGGGUCGAUGGAGAAAAGUGGGGGAGCCUCCCAACUGGGUGAAGAACAACCCGAUGUUGCCACACAAGACGGGGGACCCAUCCGAGCAGAAGUGGACACCACCACGCAGCUGAAGAGGCAAUGUGAAAUUUUAAAAAAAAAAUUAAAGGAAUAUGAGAAGAAGAACUUACAAGAAACAGUUGAGAAAAAAAAAAUGCUGGAAAAACUGCAGACGUACGAGAGGAAUUGCAAUCAUAUUAGCAGCAAAUGUGAUGAGUAUGAAAAGAAGGUACAGCAGCUGCGCCUCCAAAUGGAACAAAAUAAAAAUGAAAACAAACGGAGGGAAGAAGAAAUGAAGGAGAAUAUGACCAAAGCGGGAGAGGAGCUAUCGAGGAAAGAGCUAACCAUACAGGAAAUGAAAAACUUAAUGGAAGAAUACAAACGGGAGAUAAACGAAUCGGAACACAGCCUUAUGCAGAAGGAAGAGGCAAAACGGAAGGACCAACUGAUGCACAAAAAAGAAGUACAAAAUUUGGAACAAAAAAUUACCCAAUUGGAGAAACAGCUAGGCAACAAGGAGGAGGAAAUUUCUCAACUGAAAAACAGAAACAAACAACUGAACGAGGAAUACACUUUCCUCAAAAUGAAGGAAGAAAAAAAUGAACAAAAUAUUUGCAACUUAAAGUCAAACCUUCAGAUGAAUGAAAAAGAAAGCUUCGUAAAAUAUGAAAUGAUCCAAGAGCAGAACAAUCAAAUUGAGCAACUACUUAUGGAAAAUAAAAAAAACGUGAAAGGAAUAGAAUUGCUGAAGAAUGAAAAGAACAAAGUGGAAAGUGAAAAUGAAAUUUUAAAGAAAGAUCUGCUGUACGUACAGGAGAAAUUAAAAGGCAUCGAAAAACACAGCUACGAUAUUUACGAAAUGAAAAAUUAUGUGGAGAGUGUUAUUGAGAAAAAUAAAAGUUUAAUGGAACAGUUGGAGAUGGAAAAAAAUCAAAAGGAGGAACUGAAAGGGAAAAUAAAAUUCUUCCUCACCGAAAUGAAUAACUCUGCGAUAUGUCUUAAGGCGUACAAAAUGAAGUGUUCUUUCUUUGUUGAUGCUUUGAGGAAGUGUGAGGAGAGGAUGGGUCUCCUUCGGAGGAAGCUCAAGGGUUACGAGUCUGGGCAGAGCUUCCAUGCCAGGUGGGGCGCGCAUCCCGCGUUGGGCGUAGCCCUGGGGGGGGGAGCAGCUGACCCAGCAGAAAAUUUGGGUGACAAUCGAGCGGAAAAUCUGGGUGACAAACGAGUAGACAACCCGGGCGACUACCGAUCGGACAACCCGGGCGACUUCCACCAAAGUCGCGUCAAACAAACCAUCCUCCUCAGGGAGGAACUCCAAAUGGAGAUAAAAAAGGCAGAAGAAGUCGCAGAAAAAAUGCUGAAGCUGCAAAACACAGUGAAGGACAAAAAUUUGCUCAUAAAUGAAAAAAACUACAAACUGAACAAGUACAAGCUCCUAAACCAAAAUCUGAAAAAGGCCAUCGUAGGGUACCAAAAUAGCAUGAAGGCAAUGAAAGAAAACAUACACAACUUAGAAAAACAAAUUGAAAUGAAAGAAGUGAAGAGUAUAACGGUCCCACCGAAGGUCACCGUGCACGUGUCAAAGCUAGCUUCAUUUGAAAAUAAUUUAAAAAACGAGCUCAAGGGGCUCAUUGGAAACUCCUCCACCUUCUUGGAAAGCACCUUUAAGUAUAUAAAUGAAAAUCCCCUUAAAAAGAACCUCCAGAAUAAGGCCUUCUUUUUGUCUGCCGCGGAGAAGAAGAGUGACGACGGGGAGAGGGGGCGCGCCCCCAAGGAGGCCCCCGCAAGUACCAGUACUGUGUCCAACGCGGAGGGGGCGGUACCCAAUUUGGCUAACACGAGUAUCGGUAUCAGCGGCAUCGGAAUCAACGGCAUCGGUACCGGAAGCAGCGGCAGCAUCGGAACGGCCAUCCCCGGCGAUGGCAGCCUCGCGGAUGUCACCGGGUUCGCCAAAAAUUUUAUUUACACUAAUAUGAAUCGAAUCCCCAACUUCAUCUCCGACCAGAACGGUAAAAACAGCUCCGCGCAGUUGGGCGCUGCGGCGAGGAGCGAGUCUCCCAACAGGAGCGGAGACGCGGUCGUUCGGAAGAAUGAUGGAGCAGCGGUGGAGGGAAAUCACACGGGGGCAAAGCAGGUGGAGGCAAACCAGGUGGAAGCCAGCCGCAGAGCGGAUAGACAGGUAGAGCCGAACCAGGCGGAGCGCCCCAAGCCAGACGCAAAGCCCGAGGGAAACAACAGAUACAUCGACCUGUUCAUGGGGAAAAAGAACCUGAACAAGGUCAGCAGCACAAGUGACAUUUUGAACGUGCAACACGUUUCGCAGUUUUAUGCAAACACGGAAAAUAAAAUUAAGGACUUAUUUGAUAUGAACAAAAAGAAGGACUCUCCGAAAAUAAAAGAAAAGGAGGAAUCUCAGAAAGGAUUCCAUUCUAGUGAAAAUGCCUUUUUCCCCAUGCACAUCUUCGGUGGCAGCAAACCGAAAGAGGGGUUGCCAGCCCGGCCGGGGGAUGCAAAAAAUGAAGGCGAAUUAGGUUGUUCCCCCCCGUCUACGGAGAACUCCAAUAAGUACGACCUCGUUGGGUGCAAAAAGAAGUCCCUAAAUAGCUUAUAUUAUGAUAACAACGCAGCAGCGGAGGGGAAUACAAAAGAGGCAAAGGAAACAGACAAACGUCCGGAGAAGGUGCAGCCCAGUUCGUCUGACGAAGACGCACAAAUAAACGACGACGUGUGGAAUGAGAAAAUCGAUUUGGAGAACUUCGAAGAGGAGGAGUUGUAA